AGAGUAUAAAACGGCUACAUGUGACUCAGGGGCUCAGUGUCCAUGCUAAGCUCGUCUCCAGUAUGAAGCUUAAUCCUCAGUCAGUCUGUCAGCUCGCCUUCCUGAGCCUCUGUUGUCUGCUGAUCACAGUGAGAGAGUCAGACAGCACGUUUGUCCCGGGAAGAUGUCCGUGUCCGCAGACGCAACGAGGUGUCAGAGGGCAACUGAAAGAGCUCAAAGUCUACCCAAAAAGCCCCAGCUGUGACAAAGUCACAGUAAUAGUGACACUAAAGAGUAACAAUCAAGUGUGUCUGAAUCCAGAGGCACCAAUGGGCAAACAGCUGAUCCACUGCUGGAAUAGAGCUCAUAAGAUAGGUCGUGAAGUGAAGCUGUGCCUGAAGAGGAGGAGGAGGGGAGGGAAAGGAGGUCAGCGCCAGCGCUCUCGACAGAGGAGCCGGGGCCACAACAGGAAAUCCUCAUCCUCUAACUCCCAAUAGUCAACCAGCCUGACAAAUGAUACAAAGCUACUAUACGGAGAGAAAAGUCUACAUGCUGAUUCUUGCCACCAGAGGCCGUAAAGAAAAACAGCAUGUAUACCACGCUUCUUUCUAUAAACGUUGCACAGCUCCAAUAUCAGGCUCCUAUAAAUUGUUGUCUGAGCUGUAAAUGAAACUCUCUUUGUAGGCCAGCAGCAGGGGGCUUUAUUGAUUGUGUGCAAAUGACUGAUGUAAUGUUGAAGACUGAGCCCUGGAGGCUAAAUGUUAACAGUUUAAGCUUUAAAACACAUAUUUAAAUGGUCAAUGUAUUGUUUAUGUGUAGUUCUGUGUAUGCAGCUGGAAAAGCUAACUGAAGAGACUUAGUUGGUUAUUUAUUUUUAUAUGAAUAUGAGCAUUUUUUAGACAUUUUUUUUUUUAAUAAAUAUAUCAGAAACAACA